AUGAGUAACGGAAGACCGAUGGUAAGGAAGUCAGAUAUUGGAGCUCCUCCAACUCGUGGUUUCAAAAGUUUUGUUCGCGGUAUGCCUCACUCGGUCAAGAAACGGCGAGUUGAAGAAAAUCUUGAUGUUGAAGAGUCGGACUCAGAACCGUCAACCGUGGCAGAAGAUGCUGAGGAGGUCGAGAGUGUUAGUGAGGAGAUGAAGAAAGAGAUUAUGCAUGGAGAAAAGGCUAAAAAACGAAAGAAAAGGAGAUUCCGUUUAACGGACUCUUCUGUGAAAAGUCGACGGCGAGCAGAAAGGAGGGCUCAGUUAGCUGCUGAAAGGAGAGAACGGGCUGAAAUGGGAUUGGAAAACGAAGAUACGGAGAAAAAAGAAAAAACUCUUUCACCUUCGCCACCUCCUGCUUCGAAGCCGCCAAUGGUUCGACGUUAUUCACCGAUGCAGUUGUUGUGUGAUCAUUUAUUGAGGAAACUGCACGCAAAAGAUCCUGAAGAGUAUUUUGCAUUUCCUGUUACACAGGCUAUUGCUCCCGACUAUCACUUGAUGAUCAAGGAACCUAUGGAUUUCUCGACCAUGAGGAUGAAAAUUGAAGGGAAUGAAUACCCAGAUCUAGCAGCAUUCAAGCAUGAUUUGGAUCUCGUUGUUAACAAUGCACUGGAAUACAACCAGCCACAUACGAUCUAUAAUGUUGCGGCUCAGAAAUUAGAGCAAAUCGUCAAUUUCUAUUUUUCAGAGCCGCAUCUGAGAUAUCUUUAUCAUUCCUUACCUUUUUGCAAGGCCAUUCCACUAGAUAAGAUGGGGCUUACUCCGAGGAUAAAGGCACACCCCAUCCCUAAAGUAAUCAGAAAGCCCGCAAUUGUUGACGAUGUUACUCCCGCUACGGUCCUCAGUUCUGUUGAUGUGUCGCUGCGACAUAAAUUGUCUUCGAGGAAACCUCUUUUAAAGAAGAUUUUACCAGAUACUGAAAACGGCAUAGAGCCUCAGUGCCAUCUUUCCUUCUUAGAUAAUAAAGAUGGAGCUGUAUGUCUCAAUGUGAUUAAUUCAACAGGCUCUGAAGAGAGAAUUAUCAAAGUUGGGGACCUUGUCGAUAAACUUGAUGAAGGGAAUCCUGGUAUCUUUGCCCCGGUGGAAUCAAAAUCAUCAGCUCAGGUGCCCAUAUCGUUCCUGUCUUACGAUCCGUUUAGUUCAUUUGCUCCUCAGUUUGAUUCCACUUGGGCUACCCUUUGUGAACGCGAUUCAAGGCUUUUGCUUUCUACUUACGGAAACAGGGAGAAUGCUACCAAUGCCAUCUCCUUACGUCAGAUAGUCGCGGAUGCCGGAGAACACAUGAUUAAGGUAGUUGACGACAUUUUGGAUACCCUAACCGAUGGUGAGCAUCGGCGAACAAUAGCAGCUUUGGAAACAAAACAAGACACAAAGAUACCCGAGGUUACUACCACUGAUGGCUUGAAAGAGCUAUUGAAGGAAGUUGAAACCCUUGAAAAUGUUGGCAUUGACACGUCUUUUGUUUCUGAUAUUCGAAAGUUAUACGGACUUUCGGCUGCUCCAGUUUCUCUUGAGGAUCAGUUGAAUAGGACUGGAACAAUGAUUGGUGAUUUAGCGCUUUUGCAGAAGAAUCGGUUAAGUUCUGUGCCACCAACUACUGUGACUGAUCAGCCAUUACCAGGUAAUGUCGAAAUGAAUCUUGCUAACAAAUUACAGGACCAGCUUCAUCAACAAAUUACUCAGUACGCGAAACCUGCUGAUAUUGUCUCUGCUCCUGCUAUACAUAAUGCAGUUGGUUUAAGUGAAGAGGUUGAUCUUGAUCUUUUCAAUGAAUUUUUCACACCAGCUACAACUGCAUAA